ACUACUAGUAUUUUACUUGUUGUGAAACUCAAGGUCAAGGAAGACGACUGCCGUGUUGCUAGUAGUUCUUAGAUGGGGCCUCUAUGCGAGCCGCCAUGUCUUGUCUCCGGUUUUGUCUUCACUCAGACAGACGCUGAACCGUCCUGUUGACCUCUCAUCUGUGCUUGUGUGCUACGUAGAUCUACUUCUUUAGUGGCUAGCAUGCACCCAGUCUUUGCCGGGCAGUGAAAUUAUUUUUGUACACGGCUUGGGCGAAGACCUACGCGUACGAGCUUACAAGUCCUGUUUGAACGGAGUGGACGAUCAAAUCGUUUGGUCGCUUACCUGUUACCGAGUCGCCGGCGAGGAAACAGUCAGAACACUGGACUCCAUCGGAGUGAUAUCGGAGGCUUCAAAAGUGCGGUACACUGCCAGUGAAGUCCGCUAUCGCAGCUUUGUUCAAGGGCAGUCCCAGUGCAUAUAAUAUACCCGCCCCAGGAACAUACCCGCAUUGCUGACUCUGCUGACUGACCCUGGCCUCAGGCUAGCUGUCGUCACGCCGGCACUGAGCCCGCACGGCCGCUAAGUGAGCAACCCAUCGCAAGCCCAAGCCGCGACUAUUCGACGGACUGAGGAACACGUGCCGUGCCCGCUGCGGCGACAACGGCAGACGAGAGCAAAGUGGUAGCAACAGCAACAGCAACAGCAGCAGCAGCAGCGCUAACAGUAACGUUGUUUUAAGAGUGGCGUAUGACUGCGGCAAUGCGGCCCACUUACAGUGAGUACCCACGUCGGCAGCGCUACACCACCUGGCAUCCGGCAGUGGUGUCUGCUUUGUUGGUGUUUGCCAUGCUAAUAGUGCCCAAUCUAGCGGUGGAUGCGGGCGCAGUGGCGUCGGGGGAACCCCUCGUGACUACUUGCCGUGGUGCCUGUAGCAGCUUGAGUACGAGUGAGCAAUCGUACAAUCUCUCUGGCUGUGAUGAGUUCUUCACCAGGGCGGAUGGAGCUGCUGUCGUGGACUGUUAUAAGAUGGAUUUCACGGACAAGAACAGCUAUGCAAAUUGCUCCAGUCUGAUUUUUCAAUUUGACGAUGAAACUUGCACGUCCUCGCUGGCUGCAGGGAUUUAUUGGAAAUAUCUCAACAAGACCUUGCCCAAGACGGAGUACAGCAGGUACCUUGCAAGUUGUCCACUUUCUAAAUGUGUAGACCUGGACAUUGACAGUACACCAGAGACGAAACUGAUGCAAGCCUGUGUUCGCUUAGCAGCCAUUAAUGCAGUGAAGAGCGGGCUGGUCAAGUUGCCACCUGCGCCAGUUCAGGACUGCCUAAGUGAUGCGUUUGCAUCUCAGACCGAUUCCAGCUCGUGCGGAAAUGAGCGGCAGGAUUUCUGCAGUCGGUGGGACGCCUGCAGCUGUUCUAAAGACGCGCAUGAUAACUGUGAGGGCGUGUGUUCAGUACUCACGUCAGUCCGACAGAACCCACGUCACCUCUGCAAAGUCCUAAGAAAAGCGCUAUCUAUGCAUAAAAGCUACCUGGCCGCACAGAUUCCAUACCCAAGGGCUGAAUUCGAGGACCGGAGCUUUGGCAAUCAGAAGCUGCAGUACGAAUGCAAGUUUCCUAGCAGCGAUGAGACCUUGGUGAUGUGCGACUACCUGGGCCAGCUCAUCCGUGCAAAUAAUCUUUGCGUCAGCUCAUGUGACGAAAUGGACGAAUUCAAGCUAGCAUUGCCUGACAAGACUCGCAGCCCGGUGCUGCAGGAUAUUUUGAAAGAACUCAAGCGGCUUGUUGGUGAAUUCCCUGAUUGCUGCCAGUGGAGUAAGGCAAUGAGAGGUGCACAGUAUCUAAAUGCAAACAGGCACAAGUUGGAUGAGCUUUCCGCACUUUACAAGCUUCAACAUAGCCAUUUGAUGGACGUUUGCCGCCCGCAGUUGAUAUGUGAUCCUUUGGCGAUAGGCUUCAUGAAUACUCCUUCUGACAAGUGUUCUUGGCGGAUUGCAACUGCCUGUACCCAGGUGGUUGCUUUGUACUGGUUUAAAGAGCCACAAGGUGAAACUGAAGGAGAAGCUGCUCCAGCGUCUGUCGUGGAAUCUAAUCCAGAGGGGGACGGAGAAAUUCUUCCACCUCCGGACGUGGAAGCUACUCCAGAGGCAGAAGGAGAAGUUCCUCCAACUCUGGACGUGAAAGCUAAACCAGAGGCGGAAGCAGAAGGUGCUCCAGAGUCUGUCGUGGAAUCUACUCCAGAGGGGGGCGGAGACCUUCAACUUCCAACUCUGAACGUGGAAGCUACUCAAGAGGCAAAAGAAGGUGAACUUUCUGCUGAUGAGGUCAGCUUGAGAAAUGAAACUAAUGGCAAUGGAACUGCAACAAGCGACGCUGACCACAAUGGAAUUGUAACAAGCGACGCUGGAAUUGUAACAAGCGACGCUGGAACUGAAACAAGCGACGCUGACCAUAGUGGCGUAGAACGCUACGGCACCUACCUGCUUGUACUUAUCGUCUUUCUCGGUGUGGGAUGGGCUUUGUUCACCUACCGAAAUGAGGCGUUAGUUUGCCUUGCACAAGGUGGCAAGGACAAACACCUAGGUGUGCACCGGCCGAAACCGUCCAUCGAAGAUGAUUAUGAAUAUUCUCCACUGCCUACUAAUCUUGCAGGUGCUCUAUCAAAAAAUGAUUGAUGGUCCUUUCAGGUUCAGGGUUCUUUCAGGACUCGCGAUUUUCCACUCUUGUUUCAUGUUCAAGCAUGUAACAUUGACGUAUUCAUUUCCUCUAUGUCCUUGAUUUCCAUGAAUCGUGUGCACAUUUAGAUGCAUUUAAAAAGUGCAUUUUUUAUCACUCUUGCUUGGCCGUGUAGUGUGUUUUCAGUCACCUGUUGCAGUGCCCUUUGCCAUCUCGCUAUUCAUAGGCCGAUCCAUGUGCGUGCAUACUCCAUGCAUGCAUUUGUGUGUGUGUGUGUGUGUGUGUGUGUGUGUGUGUGUGUGUGUGUGUGUGUGUGUGUGUGUGUGUGUGUGUGUGUGUGUGUGUGUGUGUGUGUGUGUGUGUGUG